GACCCGCCCUGACCCCCCCAAACCCGCUGUGCCCCCCCAGAAAUACCCCCCCAGUGCCACCACCCUGCACUUCGAGUUCUACGCCGAGCCGGGGGUCGAGGUCAAGGUGGACAAGAGGGCCACCAGCACCACCCUGCACUACAUCCACAUCGAGCAGCUGGACAAGAUUUCCGAGAGCCCCUCGGAGAUCAUGGAGUCGCUCACCAAGAUGUACAACAUCCCCAAGGACAAACAGAUGCUGCUGUUCACCCACAUCCGCCUGGCCCACGGCUUCUCCACGCACAGGAAGCGGCUGCAGGCGGUGCAGGCCCGGCUCCACGCCAUCUCCAUCCUGGUGUAUUCCAACGCCCUGCAGGAAUCGGCCAACAGCAUCCUGUACAACGGGCUCAUCGAGGAGCUGGUGGAUGUGCUGCAGAUCCCCGACAAACAGCUCAUGGACAUCAAGGCCGCGUCCCUGCGGACCCUCACGUCCAUCGUGCACCUGGAGAGGACCCCCAAGCUGAGCAGCAUCAUCGACUGCACCGGCACCGCCUCCUACCACGGCUUCCUGCCCGUGCUGGUCCGCAACUGCAUCCAGGCCAUGAUCGACCCCUCCAUGGAGCCCUACCCCCACCAGUUCGCCACGGCCCUCUUCUCCUUCCUCUACCACCUGGCCAGUUACGACGCGGGCGGGGAGGCGCUGGUGUCGUGCGGGAUGAUGGAGGCGCUGCUCAAGGUGAUUAAGUUCCUGGGGGACGAGCAGGACCAGAUCACGUUUGUGACGCGGGCGGUGCGGGUGGUGGAUCUCAUCACCAACCUGGACAUGGCGGCCUUCCAGGCCCACAGCGGCCUCUCCAUCUUCAUCUACCGCCUCGAGCACGAGGUCGAUCUGUGCCGCCGGGAGUGUCCCUUUGUCAUCAAGCCCAAGGUGCAGAGACCCCCGGCCGCGGCAGCCCCCGAGGGCGAGGACAUGGAGACGGACAUGGAGGUGACCGACGUGGCCAUGGAGAGCAGCCCCUCGGCCCCCCCGGCCGUGCCCAGCACCAGCUCCGGCCCCGGCAGUGCCACCCCCUCCCCCCGCGGCGGAGUGCAGUGCAUCCCCCAGCGCGCCGCCCUGCUCAAAUCCAUGCUCAACUUCCUCAAGAAAGCCAUCCAGGACCCCGCCUUCUCCGACGGCAUCCGCCACGUGAUGGACGGGUCGCUGCCCACGUCGCUCAAGCACAUCAUCAGCAACGCCGAGUACUACGGCCCCUCGCUGUUCCUGCUGGCGACCGAGGUGGUGACGGUGUUCGUGUUCCAGGAGCCCUCCCUGCUCUCGUCGCUGCAGGACAACGGCCUGACCGACGUCAUGCUGCACGCCCUGCUCAUCAAGGACGUGAGUGGCACUGGCACUUCAUGUGUCCCCUCACCUGUGCCCUUCACCUGCCUCCUCAGCUGCCCUU